AUGAGGAAUUGAGUUAGAGGAUGGGUGAGUAAAGGAUUGAAUGAAGGACUGAAGCGUGCGUGUUGUUAUCAAAGAGUCUGCUACACACACAGACACUACCACAGUAGCUCUGUACUCACUGUAAUCCUCCUCCUCAACAUUCAACAUUCAACAACUGAGCAAUAAUGCACGCUUCUUCUUCAAUUGCCCUUUCCCUUUCUUCUCGGGCUCCUGCUCUUAAUCAAUCUCAACAACUCUUCUUCUCUCAUCUCAAUCCCAAUCCCAAUUAUUAUUAUGGAUUCUCCACUACAGGAACCAAAAAGCUUCGAUUUUGUAGCCUCAAGCUCAAGGCUAGUUUUUGGGAGUCCAUCCGAUCUGGAAUCUUGAAAAACAAUACAACACAAGUUAUUGAACCAACAAUUCCUACUGAAGAAGAGGAAGAGCCUUUGCCUGAAGAAUUUGUGCUUGCUGAAAAAUCUCAAACAGAUGGGUCUGUUGAACAAAUAAUCUUUUCUUCUGGUGGAGAUGUUGAUUUGUAUGACCUACAGGCAUUAUGUGAUAAGGUAGGUUGGCCCCGUAGGCCACUCUCAAAACUUGGUGCGGCUUUGAAAAAUAGCUAUAUGGUUGCCACACUGCAUUCUGUUCGUAAAUCACCUGGCGCAGAAGGUGAUGACUACAAGACGCUCAUUGGAAUGGCUCGUGCUACUUCUGAUCAUGCCUUCAAUGCUACAAUUUGGGAUGUUCUUGUUGAUCCAUCUUACCAGGGUCAAGGGCUUGGAAAGGCUCUUGUGGAGAAGAUGAUAAGGGCUCUGUUACAGAGGGAUAUUGGCAACAUUUCUCUCUUUGCAGAUAGUAAAGUUGUUGACUUCUAUCAAAAUUUAGGAUUUGAACCAGAUCCAGAGGGAAUCAAGGGAAUGUUCUGGCACCCCAAGUAAUAGUUCAUGGAAGGUGAAGGUGAAAUGUGAGACAAUGAGCAGUGAUAUGAUAGCACUUUGCUGAACUAGGUUGUGGUAGUGAUCGAUGUGUAAAAAUGUUAUGUUCUUCUUUCUUAUCUAGUUUUGGUUAGUUCUGUACGAGAUUACGAAUGUGUAUAUCAAAUAUUUAAAAGGAAGUUCCAGGACUAACUUCAUGUUUGCAACAA